AUGGCGAGCGUCGACGACAUCUUCAAGACUGACCUUGCCAAGAGCGCCGGCCUGUCCGGAAAGCGAAAGUUGGAGCCUGCCAAAGACCCCAACGAAAUCUACAAAUCCAGCAAGCGCGCCGCCGACGACUCCCGUCGUCACGCUCGGGUACAGAAUGGCGACGACGAAGAAGAGGCCGGACCUUCUCCUCCCGCCGAUGACGAUACCGAAGCCGGCCCUGGGCUGCCGCCACAAGACGAUGACGACGGCGACAACGGCGACGACGAAGAGGGCCGCUUCUUCGGCGGCGGCAUCUCCCAGCAAGAGUCCCGCGUCCUAGACUACGUGGACGGCGCCGCCGCCGAGGCAGACCGAGUGACGGACAAGAUUGACAUCGGCUGGCUGCGCAAGACGGCCGCCAACCUCGACAAGCACAUCGCCAAGAACGCCGAGUUGCGAGCCAAGUUCGAGGCCGAACCGCAAAAGUUCAUCGGCAGCGAGGCCGACCUCGACGCCGACAUCAAGGGCCUCUCCAUCCUGUCGGAGCACCCGGCCCUGUACCCCGACUUCGUCAAGCUCGGUUGCGCCGCGAGUCUCGUCGGCCUCCUCGCGCACGAAAACACCGACAUCGCCAUCGACGCCAUGGAGAUUGUCGGUGAGCUGACGGACGAGGACGUGUCCGCCGACGACGGCCACUGGAACGCGCUGGCCGAUGCCCUCGUCGAUGCCGACCUGCUGGGCCUGCUCGUCUCCAAUCUCAGCCGGCUCGACGAGGACGACGAGGCGGACCGGCACGGCGUCUACCACGCGCUCGCCAUCAUGGAGAGCCUCUGCUCCCGGCCGGCGACGGCGACGCGCAUCGGCCAGCAGGACGGCCUGCUGCCCUGGCUCCUCCGUCGCAUUCAGCGCAAGGAGUCGCCCGUCACCCAGAACAAGCAGUACGCGGCCGAAAUAGUCGCCAUCCUCGCUCAGUCCUCGACCGCCACCCGCCAGGCCAUGGCCGACCGGGACGCCGUCGACACCAUGCUCCAGCUCGUCGCGCCCUACCGCAACCGAGAUCCGGAGAGCGGCGGCGAGGAGGAGGAGUACAUGGAGAACCUGUUCGAGGCCCUGACCUGUCUCGUCGACGAAUCCUUCGGAAAGGCCAAGUUCGUCGACGCCGAGGGCGCCGAGCUGUGCCUCAUCAUGCUCAAAGAGGGCAAGAGGAGCAAAGCGCCAGCCCUGCGUCUCCUCGACCAUGCCGUUGCCAGCCGCGCCGGGGCGGACACUUGCGUCAAGCUCGUCAACGCCGGUGGCCUCAAGGCCGUCUUCACCCUCUUCGCCAAGACGCAGGACCAUCGCCUCCUCGAGCACAUCCUCAGCAUACUCGCCUCGCUCCUGCGCCUGCUGCCCGCCCGCACGGCCGAGCGGAUACGUACGCUCGCCAAGUUUAUCGAAAAGGACUACGCCAAGGUCGCCAAGCUUGUCAAGCUGCACCGUGACUACAGCGGCCGCGUCGAGCGGGCCGCCGAGAGCUACCGAGUGCCGGCCGACGACCCCGCCGAGGCUGAGGUCGAGCUGCUGUCGCUGCGACUCGACGCCGGGCUCUGCACCCUGCAGCAGAUUGACGUAUCUCUCGCCUGGUUGGCGGCCGAGGACGUCGGCGCCAGGCAGAGGAUCCAGCAGCUAUUGGCCGAGAGGGACGAGGAUCUCACGACCGUGGCGGCCGUCGUGAGGGAGCAGCUGAGCAGCCUCGACACGACGGACGAGGACAACCGGGAUGUGAGCGAGAUGCUGGGCACACUACUGGAAUUCCUGCAGUAG